UCAACAUCCAGACAGCAACAAGAUACUCAGUACAGCAUCGCCAUGGAUCCAAACGAGCUUUCGCAAGCCCUUUCUGUGGCUAGCCCUGCUGAAAGCUUCAACGAGGUUGGUCCCAGACUCUCCGUCUUCCACAUUACUGCGCUCCUCCUUGAUCUAGCUCAGCCUUCAACCACCGGGGAGGUAGCGCCAGAGUCUCAACUUGGAUCUUUCUUGUUUUCAAGAGUUCUUCAUCCUACAACUUUAGUUGCUAAUUCUGUGUAUUACUAGGCUUCUAUCGAACCCCCCUCCACGAGUUUCUCUGCGCAAUUAAACUCCUCGCCUCAACCGCCCCCAGAAGCAUCAGCUCCCAGCUUGAAUAAUAAUAAUAGGCCAGGAUUCAAGUACAAAUACCCCGAAGCUGCACCAACGCCCCCCGGAGAAGAUGACGCUGAAUGGAAUAAGGUCUAUACAGCUGCUGACUCGCGGUUCUACAAUCGCAAUGGCAAAAACGCGGAAAAGUCUAGAAAGUUUAGACAGGCAGGAGAUACCUAUCAGCUGGCAUUAGUCAUGAUGGCAGAAAAGAAGGAAAAAAUGAAGGCCGGGACAGUCGCACCAAAUGGUAGAGUUGUUGUUCCGAAAUCCAAGGCUGCGAAGAAACCUGCGACGGUGGUUAAGAAAGAGCCUUCGAGUAGUUCUCGUGAUGUUACGCCUGGUGGGAUGGGAAUACCAUUGAGUAUUUCGGAGCAAAUAAAAGCAAAUGGACGAGCUGCAAAAGCACCUUCUGCGGCACCAUCUUCUAAACAAGGUACACCUGUACCCAGUUCGUUCAAAAUGGGAAGCCCUCCUCCACCAGCUCCUAAAUUGGAUAGACCACCCCCGAAGAAAAAAGGAACUGCUGCUCUUGUUAAUAAACAUGCGAGACCCAAAGGACCAGGUAUGUCAAAUAUACUCUUAUGUCUUCGUUAUUUAUCUUUUCCUUUAUUUAUAUAUACUAAUUAUACCCUUAACUAGAACGGCCCAUUCUUCCUCCCAUACGACCUGGACAAACUCCUGUUCCUAAGACUAAUAAUGCUUCUGAUUCAGACAGUAAUGAUGGAGGGGAAUACUGUAUCUGUCGUGGUCCAGAUGAUCAUCGGAUGAUGGUGAAUUGUGAAGGUGGCUGUGACGAAUGGUAUCACUGUUCCUGUAUCAAUAUGGUGGUUGAAGACGCCAAGGAACUCCUGGAUCGUUAUAUUUGCCCCCGUUGUCAAACCGAUGAACUUUUCACCACCUGGAAACGCAUGUGUCGCUACAAUAAUGUUGGGGAAUGGAUGGAUUGGGACCAUCCUUGUCGUAAAGCUGCGCGUGUCACAGAGGAUCCUCCUAGCAAGUAUUGCAGUGAUGAACAUCGGGAUGAGUUCUGGAAAUUUGUGAGGGAUCAUUUGGCUCGUACCGAUCAUGCGCCGUCGAUGGGAGGAAGAUUGAAUGCCCAGGAGGUGGCCGAUAUAUUGGCUCAUUGCAAAGAUAACUCACAACUUCAAAAUCUCGGCAAGAAGCCUCGCCUCCCAAUACCCGAAGGGUAUGAUUCAAGUAAGCACAUUGAUUUUUUCUUCUUCUGAAAUCCACUCUAGCUGAUACACAAAAGGUCGCCCAAUUGGCCUCGAAUACGUCACACCCGCAGGCAAAGCCGAACUAGAAAACAUUGAAAAGAAAAAGAAAAUAAUUGAGCAACGCAUCGAGAAUUGCGUGCUUCAACAACAGCUCCUCCGCAUGGUACACGCCCGCGCCAGUGCCGCAGCCGAGCACCCGGAAUGCGCGGAAAAGGGACUGUGCGGCUACGACAACCGGCUCUCCUUCAACGAAGAGGAAUUCGCUCACUGGCUCACCACCACCGAAGGCAAGACCGCUUUUGAAAGCGGCAAGCUUGGUCCACGAACGGAGGAAACAAAAUCCAUCUCUAAUAGGAUUAUCGCGAUGGAUCAGGUAUUGACAAAUGGAGCUGUUUUGCCGGAUGAGCUUAAUAACAUUUGUCUGGCGCGCGGUAAGGGGUGUGUGAAGCAUCGGCAGUGGAGGGCUAUCCAUUCGCUCGAUUUUUCCACGCAUCAGGGGGGGCUGAAGCUGGAGUUGGAUAGGUUGACGAGUAUGGCGAAUGAGAUUAUUGAGGAUGCGGAGGGGAGGGAGGCGGAGAAGGAGUAUCAUGCUCAUAAUACUGUUGAGGUGCUUUUCUAAAGCCCUUCCUUCUAUUGUUCCUAAGGAAAGAGCGUGAGAGUGAGUAUAUGGAAAGGUACCGUAGUAUGGGUUUGGAUGGGAAGCGAGGGUUCGCUAGGGGCGUUUUUCUGGAGUUCAAUAGGUGGUGCCAUCGUCUUGAUACCCUACCCCCUUUUUCUUUCUCUUUCUCUGUUUCGCGGGAAGAUUGUAAUCUAGAUGCGAAAAGGGUACGCAAAAUGCCGUAAUUUAAGGAUACAAUCGUGGGAGUGUGGUGGAUUUUCUCUCUCUCGCUUCUUUGAUAUAUACGAUGGAAUGGACUUGCCUAUGGGAUAUUGUUUUAUAUCUUACUCGCCGAGUAAGUUCUACUAUAUAACCGAGAUUUGGGAUUUAAAUUUAGAUGAGAUACUACUGUAGGACUCGGAACUUAG